UACGUUCGUGUCGAUGUGCAGGAAUCUGCUUUACCGAUUUUGAUAGGGCUUAUUUGACAUUGGUUUUAAAAUGGCUGUCAGAUCCCAAGUUUGUGUAUGUAGCUAGGACGUGAGGGAUGGAAUUUGUAGGUGUGUCAUAGUGAAUACGUUUCGAUAAUGUUAACUGUUGGAAAAAUCGCCCAUGUGACAAUGUGCAGGCGGGGGUUAAGCGGUCUCUGCGGGCGGUUUAGUUAAAACAAAUGUGGGGACGUUAAGGGGUUAGAACCGAUACAUGUAAUUGUAGAUAUUGUAUUCCUGGGGCAGUGCGCGAAUUGUAAAUAGGCAGCAUGUGGAACAUGAUGUGCGAUGUGAUGCCGACCAUCUCGGAGGACAGCAUCAGCCAGAGGAGCUCGCAGUUCUCCGGCGAGGAUGCCAACUUCGAGCAGCUCAUGGUGUCGAUGCUGGACGAGCGGGACAAGCUGAUGGACAGCCUGAGGGAGACCCAGGAGCGGCUGGGUGAAACGGAGAUGAAGUUGGCGGACGUGGAGAAGGAGCGCGACUCGCUCCAGAGGCAGAUCGCCGCCAACCUCCCGCAGGAAUUCGCAACGCUCACGAAGGAACUCAAUGCGGCGAGAGAGCAGCUUCUGGAAAGGGAAGAAGAAAUAUCGGAGCUUAAAGCGGAACGAAAUAAUACUAGGCUACUGUUGGAGCAUCUGGAAUGUCUUGUGUCAAGACACGAAAGGUCGCUCAGGAUGACGGUGGUAAAAAGACAGGCGGCCGCUCAGUCAGGAGUUUCAAGCGAGGUGGAAGUUCUGAAGGCACUUAAAAGUUUAUUCGAGCAUCACAAAGCUUUAGAUGAAAAGGUACGAGAGAGACUGAGAGUAGCGUUAGAAAGAAAUUCGAGUCUAGAAGAAGAAUUAGCUUCAACCAAAGAAGAGUUACAACAAUAUAAACAAGGAGUGAUACCCUCUAAUGUACCUGCCGUAGAAGAUAAACCCAAAGAGAACGGACAAGUCGAACCAGGGGACCAAGUAUUAAAUGUUAAUAAUAAGGCAGCGUCGAAGCCGCGGCUCACAAACGGCGGGGUGGAACCGGAGACUGACACCGCUGCGAGGAUAGCCGACCUUCAAGCAGCGCUGGAACAGCAAACUGGAGAAAUUAGCAACUGGCAAAGGCGGGUAGCGGAGAUGCAGAAUCGCGUGGGAGAACUCGAAGAGAACUUGGCGAAAGCACAAAAAGAACUCCUCAAAGCACAAGACGCCAACUCCAAGUUACAAAGGGAUCUGAGGGAGAACGUAGCGCAGAAGGAAGACCAGGAAGAGCGGAUUGCCACGUUAGAAAAACGUUACCUUAAUGCUCAGCGGGAAUCCACGUCACUGCACGAUUUGAACGAGAAGCUGGAACAGGAAUUGCAGCAUAAAGAAGCGCAACUUAAGUUGCAAGAGGAGAAGAUCGCUGCAAUUCAGGAGAAAUUGGAAUUGGCCGAGCAGAAACUCGCCCAGUAUUCGAAGUUACCUGAAAUGGAGGAGCAGUUGAAGCAGCGCAUGGAGGCGCUGACUCAGGUGAGACCUCAGGCCCAAGAACGCCACGGUUCCGCCGAGGACCGCAUCCAGCGGCUCGAGGCGAACCUCGACGAGAAAAACGCUGAACUGAUGCGCCUUAACCAAAGACUAAAAAUGAACGAAGAACACAACUCCCGCCUUUCGGCGACCGUGGACAAGCUCCUCUCGGAGUCGAACGACCGCCUUCAGGACCACCUGAAAGAACGAAUGCACGCCCUCCAAGAAAAGAACAACCUAACCCAAGAGCUCGAGAAGACGCGCAAGAUGAUGGAGGAGCUCGAGUCGCAGAAGGGCGAGAUCAUGAAGGAGCUGUCGAAGUCGCGCCUCGAGAUCGACAACGUGAAGAGGCAGAUGCUGCAGCAGGAGAUCGCCUACAACAUCCAGCAGACGGACGCCUUGACGCGCUCGCUCUCCCCCAACGCCGUCGACCCGAACAGCUUCUCGCGCAGCGCCAGCCAUUCCAGCUUCGACACGCAUUCCCUGCCCCGGAGGCCCAACAAGAGCCGGACGCCCAUCGAAGAGGACCCCAAGCUGCCGUUCGGCUCGCGCUCGAUGGCCGAGCACGAGUGGGAGAAGCUGCAGCAAGCACACGUCCUGGCCAACGUCCAGCAGGCCUUCGACGUGUCGAGUGACGCCGAGGGCGACGACAACGACAGCCUCUUCAGCACGGCCGACAUGCUGUCCCCGUCGGGCCACACUGACGCGCAGACCCUGGCGAUGAUGCUGCAGGAGCAGCUUGACGCCAUCAACAACGAAAUCAGGCUGAUACAGGAGGAGAAGCAGAACACGGAGGCGCGAGCGGAGGAGCUCGAGUCGAGGGUCGGGAGCAUGGAGCACAUGAAUCUCUUGGCGAGAGGGAGGAGUCUCGAGCGGCAGAGUCCACCUGUAAGCGGUAGAUCUACUCCAAAAUCGCACCAUUCUCCUCAGAGGGAUUAUAUGCAUAAGUAUCAUACGGCACCUGCAUCUAUGUCACCGGCGCAUUUGCAACAAUAUCAUUCGACCUUGAGCCCUGGCGCCCUCUCUGAAUCGUUGCCUUCCAGUCAGCUUCAAUUGGCACCAUUGUCGUCCGAAAUGUCCAGGGAGGAGAUGCAUAUGGGUGACAGCAGUAGUGGGGGAGGAGCGUCGCCGUUAACUGCGAGAUCUCUUCGAUUAGAAAGAGUGGCACAAGCUUUGGCUCAUAGUCAAGAGGAACUCAGGAGAAGAACUGGCGCAAGUGGGUUACCCCCGGGAGUUACAUACAGUGUGUUUAGGCAAGGCCAGACGCACACACCUCCAUCACCUCUCUCCUCUCGUCACAGCAGUCAGGAGAGUUUGCACAAGAAUACGAUAUCGGGCGUGCCUAGGGAUGUUUCGGCGGCAGCCGUGGCGGCGGCGGCAGCUCAAAAGAAAAAAGGCAUCAAGUCGUCUCUGGGACGAUUUUUCAGUAAGAAGGAGAAGGUGAAAGGAAAAGAAGUCGGCAACGAAAGCAAUUUAAAUCUGAGCCAGACAAGCAUCGGAAUGCCGGAUGGAGACUUGAGCGACUCGAUUAGUGUCUCAGGAAAGUUAGGACAGAAAGGAGACUUCGAUCGCAGACAGAAGAAGAAAGCAACCUUCUCUGUAAGGGAGCGUGAUUACAGACAUGAACUCCUUGCCGAGGCCAUGAAGGCCGGCACCCCAUUCGCCUUAUGGAACGGCCCUACGAUUGUUGCCUGGCUCGAGUUGUGGGUGGGCAUGCCAGCGUGGUACGUGGCGGCGUGCCGCGCCAACGUCAAGUCGGGGGCGAUCAUGAGCGCCCUCAGCGACACGGAGAUCCAGAGGGAGAUAGGCAUAAGCAACCCGUUGCAUCGGUUAAAAUUAAGACUGGCCAUCCAAGAGAUGGUGUCACUGACGUCGCCGUCGGCGCCGAAGACCUCACGGACGACGUUGGCCUUCGGCGACAUGAACCACGAGUGGAUUGGGAACUCGUGGCUGCCUGCGCUCGGGCUUCCGCAAUAUCGAACCACGUUUAUGGAGUGUUUGGUUGAUGCGAGGAUGUUGGAUCAUCUGACGAAGAAGGAUUUGAGGGGGCAGCUUAAGAUGGUGGAUAGUUUUCACAGAACUAGUCUCCAGUUUGGCAUAUCAUGUUUAAAGAGAUUAAAUUAUGAUCGAAAUUUAUUAGAAGACAGAAGGAAAAAUUCUGAAAAUACUUUACAAGACGUUUUAGUCUGGAGCAAUGAACGAAUAAUUAGAUGGGUAUCUAGUAUCGGGUUAAAGGAAUAUGGUAAUAAUCUAUUAGAAUCAGGAGUCCAUGGUGCUUUAAUUGCAUUGGAUGAGAGUUUUGAUGCGAACAGUAUGGCUCUCACGUUGCAAAUUCCAACCCAAAAUACACAAGCAAGGCAGACCUUAGAAGUAGAAUUCAACAAUCUCAUCCGCGUGGCGACAGAUCGACGAGCAGAUGAUCUAGUCCGGUCCUGAUAUGGCCCCGAACUUCGUUAAAUGAUGACCAUGUAGUGUUCCGCUGCUCGCAGUCAUUCGCAGCCCGUGCUACCUCCCUUCUCGUCGAUAUUCGCUGCAGAGAUCAUUUGUACAAAGAAAAACCUAAGUAAAUGAAAAAAUCUGACUUGUGUAUGAGAUGACAUAAGAGCUUUAAUGAACUAACCUGUAUCGUAAAUAACUUAUAGUAUUAUUAAUUGUACAUUGAAGUUGUUGUUUAUCUGUUGGAUUACCAGCGAGUAUAUUGUUGAAUGUGGCAGCGACAGUCAGUAUUAUCCCAUGCGUGCCUGCACUCGGUGCUGCCAUCUGUUGAGCUUGUAGACACUGUUAAUUUGCUGAUUAGCUAGUACAAAAACUACCGGUGUCCUCGUAAAGCUUCUGGAUGUGGAUGGUUUGUAUCCGACUUGUACUCAGCUAUUUCACAUCUUGAUUAGCGAAUCCGAUUCUGAGUGACAGUUAUUUCCGUUAUUCCAAUAGGUACCCGUAUAAACAAUGCAGUCAUUAGUUGUACUACUCUGUAUAUAUUAUACAGACGAUAUAUAUUUUUAAGUUUUUAUUACAUUUAGUAUCUUUUAUACAACAUUUGUAAUAUAUUUUUACUUGUUAUUUAUUUUAAAUCUAAAUAUAACUAUUGUGCUUAUUAUAUUGUUAUUAACUAUACGGAGUUGUGCUUACGCUCCGGGAAUGAUUGUCAUUAUUCGUAUUUGAUCUAAUAAUAGUGUUAAUUUAUGUACAUUGCAUUAUACAUAAAUAUAACGAAAAUCGAAUCAUU